CGCAACUUUCCCGACCAGAGCAAAAUGUGGAAUGUCCCAACUCCUCUUUAAGCCGGAGUACAUCACUUGGUGCACUAGACCAACCCUCAGGUCGCGGAUUACCUCAGCGGGGGUCACGGAUCACUGGAAGGGAAGCACACGUUUCCCGGUCACCAUUUGUCUUCCCGGGGGAUCCCGACUGAGUUGCAGAACCUCCCUGUCCCAGUUGAUCAUCUCCAAAAGCGAUGACGCCAAAGAUGUUCAAGUCGUCGAGCCAGAGGCCUUGCGCAUGGUUCCUGAACACGAGCUCGAGUCUGGCCAAGUUUUCCUUUUCCAUUUUCUGACCGGGGCUCUCCUCCCUCUUGCAGAGUGGAAAAAGCGCCAUCGGGAAUCCGUGAUGUUUGGCGUGGGUCGCCGGCGCGUGACCUUGGCGCUGCUGCUGGCAUGCUCGGCGUCCUGGCUGCUGCUCGGCCACCUCCCGCCACUGCUCCGCGCCGACCUCCCGUCCGAUGGCUGCACCGCCGCCGCCAGUAAGGCGAUCCUGCGCCACCUGUGUGCUGACUUUGCGGCGGGCUCGGCGACGGGCAACUUGUGCGCCGACCUGUGCGUUCGCGGUCUAGUGGAGUACAAGCGUUGCCUCCACUACCGCAGCGGCAAGAAGGUGAUGGAGGUCCACUGGAGGGGACGGCCCGUCAUCCUCAAGUCCAAGCUGGAGAACCUGUCCUCCUACCAGCCCCUCGGAGUUCUCGGCUACCGGCAGGACACCACAGAGGACACGUCUCCUAUGGACGUCCUCCUCUCUGCCACGAUGGCGGUGCGUAGCUGGCUGGGUCUGGCCGAGCAGCAGGAGGAGGACGAUGACAACAAAGGAGAGGAAGGAGCCAGUUCUCUGGUCAAUCUGCGCUCCGCUGACAAGAGUUACUCCAGAGGCGAGCUGACGUCCUUGUGGUCGCUGCUGCAGCAGGACGAGUACACCUUCCUUAGAGUUCUGCAGGACCUGAGCGCGCAUGUGUCCAAGGUGUUGGGCUCAUGUGGGCACUUCUACGCCGUGGAGUCGCUGUCAGCCGGCCACGCCUGGGACCAGAACAUCUUCUCCCUGGAUCAGGAACUGGCGGCGGGGUUCGGCGGCCCGGACCGGAGGGGGAUGUGGGCUGUUCGCCACAAGGUCCACCGCAUUGCGCUCAGCUUCCUGGACAUGGUGCAACACUUUGAACGCGACUUCACGCACAAAGUCCAUUUGUGUGACGUCAAGCCCGAGAACUUUGCCAUCAGGAAGGAUCUCACAGUGGUGGCCAUUGACGUGGACAUGGCCUUCUUCCAGCCCAAGAUGGAGGAGAUCCUGGACCACAAGUGCAGCGGCGACGAUGACUGCGGUUUCUUCGACUGCAUGUCGUUGUGCGACCUCGGCACGCGACGCUGCCGCCGACAGCGCAUCAACACCAACCUGCAGGUAAUCUGCCAGAAGAUCUUCAGGCUGUGGUUUUCUCCCACGUUGCUCGGCGCCAAAGCGGGGCUCCCCCUACAGGUGGAGCUGCAGAGGGCGGUGCAAGAAUGCUCUGAGUCAGGUGACGCGGAUAAACGAGGGAGAGGAGCAGGGCGGGAUGCCCAUGGGCGCCUCCUCAAUGUCCUGAGUCGCCUCCUUCACGAGGGAGGCGUGCCAGACAAAUGACGGGAGGAUAGCAAAAAACAUACAAAACAUACAAAAACGGCAGCAAGGACCCCAGAGAACUCUUAAAGAAAGGCUUUGAACUUUUGACACCUGGAAUGAUUUUUUACUUGCUGGUGGAAACUGCUUGACUGCAUGCAGAGUACAAUAAGCAUCAAGGAUGAGUCACA